CGUUUAAUGUGUGUGCUCGCGGGGUUGGGGAGUACUCGGGUGAGGAGGCGGCUCGGCCGAGGGAUUUCGCGCCUAGCACGCAGUGGGCCGCCCCCCUCGCUGGGCGCGGUGCAGUGGACUGCUGGAGGGCUGGGCGGGGGCGGCUCUGGCCGGGGGCCAGUCCUGCCAGUCCCAGGAUCCGCGCCGUCCCCGGUUCCACACACCACCCAGAUACACACCCUCGGUCCUUCUCGCCUACGGGUUGCGAUCUGCCCAGCUUGGACCUGACCCGACGGUCUGUUCCACCUGCCCGGCUGACGGAGCAGACGCCUCCAGAGGACUCGUCCGCCUCCUCCGAGCCACCCUCCCGAGCCACAAAGGCCUCCUGAGGCUUCCCAGCCCGGAGCAGGAACAUGCUUGCCAACUCAGCCAGUGUGAGGAUCCUCAUCAAGGGAGGCAAGGUGGUAAAUGAUGACUGCACCCACGAGGCUGACGUCUACAUUGAGAAUGGCAUCAUCCAGCAGGUGGGCCGCGAGCUCAUGAUCCCUGGCGGGGCCAAGGUGAUUGAUGCCACAGGAAAACUGGUGAUCCCAGGUGGCAUUGACACCAGCACCCACUUCCACCAGACCUUCAUGAAUGCCACGUGCGUGGACGACUUCUACCAUGGGACCAAGGCAGCACUCGUCGGAGGCACCACCAUGAUCAUCGGCCACGUCCUGCCAGACAAGGAGACCUCCCUUGUGGAUGCUUAUGAGAAAUGCCGGGGUCUGGCUGACCCCAAGGUCUGCUGUGACUAUGCCCUCCACAUGGGGAUCACCUGGUGGGCACCCAAGGUAAAAGCAGAAAUGGAGACACUGGUGAGGGAGAAGGGUGUCAACUCGUUCCAGAUGUUCAUGACCUACAAGGACCUGUACAUGCUUCGAGACAGUGAGCUGUACCAAGUGUUGCACGCUUGCAAGGACAUUGGGGCGAUCGCCCGCGUCCAUGCUGAAAACGGGGAGCUUGUGGCCGAGGGUGCUAAGGAGGCACUAGAUUUGGGGAUCACAGGCCCAGAAGGAAUCGAGAUCAGCCGUCCAGAGGAGCUGGAAGCUGAAGCCACUCAUCGUGUUAUCACCAUUGCAAACAGGACUCACUGUCCGAUCUACCUGGUCAACGUGUCCAGCAUCUCGGCUGGUGAUGUUAUCGCAGCUGCUAAGAUGCAAGGGAAGGUUGUGCUGGCAGAGACCACCACCGCACAUGCCACGCUGACAGGCUUACACUACUACCACCAGGACUGGUCCCACGCGGCCGCCUACGUCACGGUGCCUCCCCUGAGACUGGACACCAACACCUCCACCUACCUCAUGAGCCUGCUGGCCAAUGACACUCUGAACAUUGUGGCAUCAGAUCACCGGCCUUUCACCACAAAGCAGAAAGCUAUGGGCAAGGAAGACUUCACCAAGAUCCCACAUGGAGUGAGUGGUGUGCAGGACCGCAUGAGUGUCAUCUGGGAGAGAGGAGUGGUUGGAGGAAAGAUGGACGAGAACCGUUUUGUGGCUGUUACCAGCUCCAACGCAGCUAAGCUUCUGAACCUAUAUCCCCGCAAGGGCCGCAUCAUCCCUGGAGCCGAUGCCGACGUGGUGGUGUGGGACCCAGAAGCCACAAAGACCAUCUCAGCCAGCACGCAGGUCCAGGGAGGAGACUUCAACCUGUACGAGAACAUGCGCUGCCAUGGCGUGCCGCUGGUCACUAUCAGCCGGGGGCGUGUCGUGUACGAGAACGGCGUCUUCAUGUGCGCCGAGGGCACCGGCAAGUUCUGUCCCCUGAGGUCCUUCCCAGACACUGUCUACAAGAAACUGGUCCAGAGAGAGAAGACUUUAAAGGUUAGAGGAGUGGACCGUACUCCCUACCUGGGGGAUGUUGCUGUUGUUGUGCACCCUGGGAAGAAAGAGAUGGGAACCCCACUCGCAGACACUCCUACCCGGCCCGUCACCCGGCAUGGGGGCAUGCGGGACCUCCAUGAAUCCAGCUUCAGCCUCUCUGGCUCUCAGAUCGAUGACCAUGUUCCAAAGCGAGCUUCGGCUCGGAUCCUCGCUCCCCCUGGAGGCAGGUCGAGUGGCAUUUGGUAAAGGCACUGCCCAGCCCCCCAAGUGAGGACGCACCGCCACCACCAGCCCGAAACUCUCCGGCCACAGCUGCAGGGGCAGGAGAGGCUGGGCUGGGCAGCAUACCACCCGAGGGGGGCCCCAGGACCCACGGGGCCGUCCCUAUGUCUGCAAAGUGAUUCACUGUGCUUCGAGCCAACUAACAGGCACUUUGAGAUGUGUUCCUCCUGCUGUAGUCCUUUCCUGCCUCGGCCUCGGCGGGCUUUUCUGGGGCCCAGGAAGCCCACACUAUGCACAGAGCCCAAUGCAUAGAGCCCUGGCCAGCCCUUCCUCUCACUCCUGCCUCUGCUGGCUUCGGGAAAGCCCAGACUUUAGUGCCCUGCCCCCUGGCUGACUGGCCAGUUGUCCAGAGCACUUUAGCAGAUGUGGUUUCAAAGCAAAGGCCUCCUCCCCCACCCCCUAAGCCCCUUGGUGACAUUUCCCAAGUCAGACAGGUGUCAGCUUCCCAGCCAUGCCCAGGACAUCCCAUCUCCCCCAACCCACCUCUGGCCCUGUGUGGGGGUAGGGAUGGGGUUGGCUGAGACACCAGUGCCCCUUGCCAGCUUUUCCCGUGCCCUGCCCAGACCCUUGGGGGGGUCACAGGCCCAGAAGGGUAGCUGGGCGGGGCUCAAGGCUGGUGCCAGGCGCGUGUAAAUGGUUUUGUUUUGCACGUUUGGUUUGCGCAGUAGUUUGGUUUGACUUGUUUGUGCAUCCUGUGAAAAAUAACGGUGCUUGUGUCACUAGCAUAGAAUAGCCAGAGGAAUAGAUGUGGUCCUUAGGAGACGCUGCACUCGACACCAACCAGACAGCACAGGGCAGGGGCAGUAGAGGGGCUGGGCUCUCAGGCUGCCAGAGGCCCAGGACCUUUCCCCUCCCCUCCCCUCUUAGUCUAGUGUCCUCCAUUCCGAGAGCAGGCCUGGGUUGCUAGCCCCGGAGGUGCCAGCCCUUCAGGAAGCAGGUUUCCUUUCCCCUCUCUGCCCCUGGUCACUCCUAGCACUCCCUUGCCCUUCCCCACCCCCCCACCCCCCCCACACACACACACAUACACAGAGCUUCCUGUAACUUCUCCCUGCUGGACAGAGGCUCAGCAUUCCUCCUAUGUGACUGGCAAGAGGCCGCAUGCCUGCUGAGAGAGGAGGAGUGGGAGAGGGGCUCGCCAGACACCGGGGAGGGGACCCCAGGCCCACAGGACCUGGUUGUUGAACCUGCAUUGCUGCUCAGGUGCUGUGAUCUCCUGUGGUCAGCACCAGGCCCUCACUGGCUCAUGGCCUCAUCUUCUCCUCUGCCCGUCCAGGUGGUCCCUCCCUGCUUCUGAAACCCCACAGAGGUUCCCAUGGAAACACUAGAGGCCAGGUGUCUCCUUCCACCUCCAGUGAUCUGGGAAGUGACCCAGCCACCUGCCCUUGUUAAGCCUUGUCUGCCCCGUGGGAGGUGACUUCAUGUUGCCCAUGUGGUUUCAGCCCAAGGCUUGCAUGAGGCUUCCAGAGCCUCAGUAAAAGGUCAUCCCCUACACAUCUCCGUAGUGCUUUUCCUGUAUUCAAAACACCUCUGUAUAUGACCUCUCACUGGGUCCUCAUGACAAUGGAGCACUUAUCAUUCUUCCCAUUUUACAGAUGAGGAAACUCUGGCCCAGAAAGUUCAGGCCCUCUCACCUCAGCAGUGUCUGAGACCACCCUCCCAACCUUGGCUGUCUAUCCCUGCUGUGGAGAGGAGGCCCAGGGUGAAAUCUAUUGUAGAUCCCACCUAAGAGUUUAACCAACGAGAAGACUUACUUUCCUGGUAGGCAGCCUGCUUUGUUUUGCACAGAUAGAUAUUUUUUCUCAUCUUUCUUAUAAACAACCUCAUGCACAUUCUGUGUUUGAGCCAGGACUAGUCACCUGUUGGGAGCUAACCAUGCAGUGUGAGCUGCGUCCAUACCCUCACUUCUCCCUUCCCUCCCCCUUUCCUCACUCAGGGGCUGAGAGGACAGAGGCGGUCGGCCAGAGAGCAGAGGUAGCAAAGGGGCUCAUGGAAAGUGGUAGCCAUAGGAACAGGGGUGAGGACCCAGGCCUGGGAGAGCCACCAGGGAAGGGGGACCAUGACACUGCCUCCUGGUGCAGUGCACAUCAUCUCUAUCCCUUUCAGCCCUUACUGGGUCAUGGGCCUUGGGCAGAUGCCAAAGAGCCCAGCAACAGUGGUGGUGGCCAGCUGGGCAGAGCAUCCUUGCUUAGGCUAGGAAAGCUUACCUUCUCUGAGUGCCUCCGCCCAAGAGAUGUGUGACACAUGGUGCCAGGGAAGCACAUCAUGGAGUGGCCCACUGUAGGCCAUCCGCUUCAUCCACCCCCAGUAGUUACACAGACCCCACCCUUGUCCGGGAGCUUCUAGAUGGAAAUCAGAAAGAGAUUCAAGGAGCCAAAUGAGCGAUCAGCCCCCACCAUGCACUCCUUGCCCCAUGCAGAGCUCCAGCCAGCUUCGUCACCAGCCCCACUGGCUCCUGGUUGGAAUGAAAAGGGUCUCUGGUUGCACUGAAUGCAGCUCUCAAACUGGUCUUGUACUUGCUGAAUAAAUACUGUUGUUCUUGCCUUAGCUGCUCUCUAGGUUUGUGGGGUUAAGUUGCCAGAAAAUUGUGCUACUGUGUGUGAGUGUGCGUGCGUGUGUGUAGUGCUAGGAGUCCACAGUAGGUCUCUGUCAAGCCAAUGUCGUGAUGAGGGCUUUACUGAUACUGACCCAGAAGCCACAGAACCACAAGGAAACCCAAACCCCCUCCAGCUGCUGAGGCGCAGGCACAGCCUGGGGUCGGGAUGGAGCCUCCAACACCCCAGCACCCAGGUGACUUCCCCACUCUCCCGUAAAUGUCAUGGUGCUAAGACUGUGUCAACCCCAAGACAACACAUGGUCCUGUGCUUUGGCCACCAUUUGAGGCAAAAACUAAACAGCCCGACACGUUGUGUUCUGGUGCAGGUUUGUAUUAAACUGUAGCUACUUCUCA